UCUACCAGUCCCAGCUUCUACCGAACAUUUGCAUCCUCAUCCGCAAUUAUGGCACCCAUCGAGCGCAUCACCCUCUUCAAGAUCCCCAACGAGGCUGACCAGGACCGUCUGCUGGAGCAGUACAAGAUUCUUUCUAAGACCGCUACUAAGGACGGAAAGCCUUACAUCGUCUCCGCCGCCGUUGGCAAGUCCCUUCCCGAUCCUCGCAACCGCGGCUUCAACAUCUCCGUCAAGACUACUUUCGCCUCAAUGGAUGAUAUGAAGUACUACGACACCGAGUGCGAGGCUCACAAGGCACUCAAGGCUCUUGUGGGGCCGAUCAAGGAGGAUGUGAUGACUACUUUCUACGAGAACGUUCUUUAAACAGCUGAGCUGUAUGGUGGGGGGAAAGAUAUGAUGGGAUUGUACAUAGAUUCUCUAUUCCGAACAGGACUAAAAAAACAUGAUUCAUUCCGGAUGUACACUGCAUACAUCUAGUAUGCUUCCUGAGUCAAAGUUUGCAGUCCAAAGAGCCGAAGAAAAGUAAUAAAACAAAAGGAAAUAGGAAA